AUGGCGGAUAAAUUUGAUCUAAUAAUUUUUGGAGCAAGCGGCUAUACUGGCCGAUUUGUGAUUCCUGAGAUGAUACGAAUAUGCCGGAAUUACCCGGAUAUCCGUUGGGCAAUCGCCGGUAGAUCUAAACAAAAAUUGGAAGCUGCUUUGCUAGUUGCCAAGAACAACGGAGAAGACGUAUCGGCUAUCCAAAUAAUAAUAGCUGAUGCGGAAGAUGAAGAAUCACUUAAGGCCAUGUGUCGUCGCUGUAAACUCAUAAUGAACUGUAGCGGACCGUUCAUGUGGUAUGGAGAGGCACUUGUUAAAGCAGCCAUUGAAUGUAAAAUACAUUACAUAGAUGUGUGCAGUGAACUUACGUUCUUGGAAACCAUCAAGGAAUAUGAUGCCGCAGCAUGCGACAGUGGUGUAUUAGUGAUCAAUGCAUGUGGUCUUGGAUGCUUAACUGCUGACCUGGGAGUCCUUUUCCUUCAGCAGCAGUUCCAAGGAACAUUGAAUUCGGUAGAAGCAUAUCUGACGACACAGCCUGACGUGAUCAGAGGCUUGCCAAAGAACGUCAUCAGGAACAGUACGUGGGAGGCUUUGGUCUACGAGUGA